GCUCACCUCUGGCAGAGCUGCUUUCCAGCUCCUGCAGGUCGGACUUGGCUCACCUGCACCCGGGACUCCGCAGGCCUCCGCGGGACGGGCUCACCUGCACCCAGGACUCCGCAGACCUCCGCAGGACGGGCUCACCUGCACCCAGCACCGCCUCCAGCAUGCAGCGCCUCACCGCCGCCACCAGGGCCGUCCUGAUCCUCAGCCUGGCCUUAGCUUCCUUCCACUCGGCUUGCUCCGCAGAAGUGAGUGGCAGCAACAGCUCAGCCUUGACUGCCCACCGCCCAGACCCGGGGACCCUGGAACAGUGCCUCAAUGUGGACUUCUGCCCACAGGCAGCCCGGUGCUGCCGCGCAGGGGUGGACGAGUACGGCUGGAUCGCGGCGGCAGUUGGCUGGAGCCUCUGGUUCCUCACUCUCAUCCUGCUCUGUGUGGACAAACUGAUGAAGCUGACUCCGGAUGAGCCCAAGGACUUGCAAGCAUGAGACCCAGGCUCGGUGCACAAAACGGUGAUCGCCACCAAUCUGGAGCUAAUGGGGGAGGGGAGUAGGGCUAACAUAGUUUCUACUGUUUAAAAGUCAUUUUCACCUUUAGGCUUCAGUUACUUUUAAAAGGAAAAGAAGAAAGAGUAGGAGAAGCACAUAAGGCAAGCCAAUGCUGCCCUCGCACCUCACUCCCAAGGGCCUCUGGGGCGUCUGUGCCCAGAUGGCUCCUGUCUUAAGAUCGUCCCUCUGGAAAUUGCCCUGUUUUAACCUUUCUUCUAGGUGCCAAGGGAGGUGCACAAGAAACAUAAGACUUAGUCUCAUCAUCAACAUGUUCAGAAACAUACACAUAACCUUCUCACCAAAACCGGGUCAUCGGCUUCUGUCCCUGGCUUGAGUCCAGGGCUUAACUGUCAUUUCAGAAUAUAAGAACUGGUCAGAUACGGUGGCUCAUGCCUGUAACGCCAGCACUUUGGGAGGCCGAGGCGGGCAGAUCACUCAAGGUCAGGAGUUUGAGACCAAUUUGGCCAACAUGGUGAAACCCCAUCUCUACUAAUAAUACAAAAAUUAGCCAGGCGUGAUGGUGCACGCCUGUAAUCCCAGCUACUCGGGAGGCUAAGGUGGGAGAAUCGCUUGAACCUGGGGGGCAGAGGUUGCAGUGAGCCGAGAUCGCGCCAUUUUGCUCCAGCCUGGUGACACAGCGAGACUCUAUAUCAAAAAAAUAAAUAAAUAAAAGAAUGUGAGGAUCGGUCGGGCAUGGUGGCUCAUUCCUGUAAUCCCAGCACUUUGGGAGACUGAGACAGGAGGAUCACUUUAGCCCAGGAAAUUGAGACCAGCCUGGGCAAGAUGGUGAGAGUUUGUCUCUAUUAAAAAAAUUUUAAAGUUAAAAAUAAAAAUGUGAGAAUCCCCUUGACACUCCCACCAUCUUCACCCCCACCUCAGGUCCUUCUCCAGCUCUCCUUCUGGCUUCCCCCUGCUUUCCACGGCUCUCCUGCCCACCCAUCCUCCCCACCGGCGCCCUAGUUCUGGCCUUCACCGCCUUUCCCUAGACCACAUCAGGGGUAUUGCAUUCUGUCCUCACGGCCUUGAGGAUCUUCCUCCCCAGCUCACCAUUCCCCAUGGGCAGCUACCAGGAUAGGCGCUGUCACCCUCUGCUGACAACAGUCAGUAGCUCCUAAGGACUAAAACUUCUCGGCACGGCAUUCAGGUCUUUGUAGGACUCCAACUGUCUCCCAGCACAUCCAGGAAUAAGGACUCUGACUGGUCCACUCCUCAUUCCGGUGUCUCCAGCUUCUCUGCUGUCAUUUUCUUUGCUGGGAUGGCUGCCUCCCAACUCCACCUCGAGAAUCAAGGACCUUCCUCCAAGCCCAGUUCGAAAGCUUGAUCUGCCUGGAGCCUUCCCAGUCAUCCUUGGGUGACCUGGAGCUGGUGUUCUUAGAGCACUUCUCCUCUACCCUGACAUGUGAAUGGGCCUCUCCAUAGUUUAUCCUUCUUCACACCUCUGGGGCAUAGUACACUAUUCAAGUUUGUCCAACGAGUGCAUGGGAGAAUGAAUGAAUGAACAAAUGAGUCUUUGCUCUAGAUGACUUAAGAUCCUCCCUCUGCAUUAGGAGCCUCCAUUUUUCUCCAGAUGGUUGAAAUAACCAGCCUCUGAAGGAGCCAAUGGUUUGGUCACUGCUUUCUCAGCAAAUUAUAGUCACUGUCACUUAGCGUAAAGAGUGGACCUUGCACAUCACCGUGAACUCUUGCAGAGGAAGAGAAGGCAGGUUUAUCAGAAGAAAGAAAGGACAAAAAUGACUAAUUAUGAAGCAAUUUCUGCCCUCUGUGAGAAAACAUGUAUUUAGAUCAGAUAAACUCUAAAUAGUCAAAAUACAAAAAAGAAAAAUGAAAGCCGUCUGAAACAGAAACAAUCUCUCGAAGAGGCAAAUGACUCAGAACUGCUCAACUGCUCUUUCAGAAAAUCUAAGUAAAUUUCCCUGACAACAGGAGCUGAAGAGAUUGCCUGGUUCAUCUUGUAGUCUUCCAAAAAAAAAAAAAAACAUAAUUUCUGAAUCUCGGAUGUU